AUGUCCACGGAAUUCUACUUAGGCAAUACUACGUACAUUAAGCUGAUGAACAACCCAAAUAUACAGUUUAAGAGUGAAUUAAAAGACUUACUAGAAGAAGCCCUAACCAAUAAUAUCGUCGACACCAACAUUUAUAAAUUUAUUUUCCAAGAACAUCCUAGAAUCCCGACUUUCUACUUUCUUCCGAAAGUACAUAAGUCUAAGACGAAUCCACCUGGAAGGCCUAUAAUAAGUGGAAUAGACUCACUCACAUGUAAAUUAUCCCAAUUCAUCGACCACUCAUUGCAAAAGUAUGCGCAAGCCGCUAAGUCCUAUUUGAAGGACACGAAACAUCUAUUACAAGAACUAGAUUCAAUCGAGUGGCAAAAGGAUUACAUCUGGAUAACGCUAGAUGUGAAUUCAUUGUACUCAGUUAUAGAUCAUAACCAAGGGUUAGAGGCAGUAAGAAAACAACUUGAGGGAGACGGUACUUUAGAUUCUACUUUCAGAUCUUUUCUUCUUAAAGCCAUCAGGUUCAUUCUGACACAUAAUUUCUUUAUGUUCAAUGAUGAGUUUUUCCUACAGAUCAAGGCUUUUUACUCUGAAGGACAGCAAUGCAGACUGCCCAUUACAGAGAUCAGUGGGAUGUCACAGCCUGGGGAUAUCGUGAUAGGAGUGCUGCUACCUCUGCAUUUGGACAAAGUCUAUCAACAGGUCUUCUUCAAGGAAGAGCCUCCCAAGACCAAGUGUACAUCUUUUUACUCUGAGAAUUUACAGCAACUUCAAGCAAUGCGAUUUGCUGUGUCAGAGAUCAACAGAAACAAAGACAUCCUCCCCAACGUCACUCUGGGUUUUCAAGCAUAUGAUUCAUGUGAUGUUCUCCAGAAUGACCUUAAAGGAGCUUUGGCAGUGAUAACAGGACACGACAAAGCCAUACCAAAUUACCGAUGUAUUAGAAAUAUUUCUCUAACUUCCAUAAUUGGACCUUCUAUUUCCACACAUUCAAUCCUCCUGGCUCACGUUCUAGGUCUCUAUAAUUACCCACUGAUCAGUCAUUUUGCUACCAGUCCCCUCCUGAGUAAUCGGAAAAAGUUCCCUUCCUUCUUCAGAACUGUUCCCAGUGAUAUAUUUCAGUCCAAAGGACUUGCACACCUGGUGCUUCAUUUAGGCUGGACCUGGAUUGGACUUCUAGCUGUGGAUAAUGAUUAUGGUCAGCAAGGAAUUCAGCUUGUCCAACAAGAGAUAGUCGAUGCUAGAGCAUGCAUAGCAUUCACUGAAAACAUUCUUACUAGUCGUCCAGACCGCAAUGCCCCACAUAUAGUCAAGGUGAUGAAGGCUUCAACAGCUAUAGUUGUGAUUAUCUUUGCUACCAGUAUUGAUUUGGUACCUAUUCUAGAGGAAAUGAUGAAACAGAAUAUCACAAGGAGAGUACUUGUUGCCAGUGAAGCCUGGUCCAUAACCACCAUGACAUCCCUGGAAAAAUUUUCCAAUCUUCUUUCGGGUACAAUAGGUUUAGCUUUCAGCAGUGGAACAAUACCUGGGCUUAAGGAAUUCCUCAAUACGAUACAUCCUUCCAUGUCUUUAGGAAGAGAAUGGAUUAAGAUAUUUUGGGAGUUAGCCUUCAACUGCAAAUUCAUGGAUGAUAAAAACCAAACAGGAUAUUUAGAUAGUCCAAAAAAAGAGUGUACUGGGUCAGAAAAUAUAGAGACUGUACGUAAUAUCUACACAGAUGUCACCAGAUUAAGAACUACGUAUAGUGUCUACAUUGCAGUGCAUGUUGUGGCCAAUGCCCUGGAAGAUCUGAAAAGGUGCAGAAAAGAGAAAGGUCCAUAUUUUCAAGGGUUGUGUGCUGACAUUCGCAAUUUCAUGCCAUAUCAGCUCCUGUACUAUAUGAAAAAGGUGAGGUUCAAGCUUUACAGUGGAAGAGAGAUUUACUUUGAUGAAAAUGGAGACCCACCUGCUGUCUAUGACAUUGUGAAUUGGCAGCUGAGUCCAGCUGGCGCCAUGAGAAACAUCAAAGUUGGAAGCUAUGACACUGCGGCUCCCCAGGGUAAAGUCUUAACCAUUAACACUAGUGCCAUCCUUUGGCCCUCAGGAUAUCAAGAGAUCCCUGUCUCGGUUUGCAGUCAGAGCUGUCUUCCUGGCUUUUGGAAGGUAACUAGAGAAGGAGAACCAGUUUGCUGCUUCCAAUGUGUUCCUUGUCCACAAGGGGAGAUCUCCAAUCAAACAGACUCCUUCAAUUGUAUUAAGUGUCCAUGGGAUAUGUGGCCAAAUCCAGUGAAAACUAAAUGUCUUCCAAAGCCUAUUGAGUACCUCUCCUAUGAAGAUCCCUUGGGCACUGUAUUGGCUUCAAUAAGUGCCAUAUCCUCCUUGCUACCGAUAGCAAUUUUAAAGAUUUUCAUAAAGUUUAAAACAACCCCUAUUGUGAAAGCCAAUAACUAUUCACUAAGUUGUAUUCUUUUAGUAUCCUUGACAUUUUGCUUUCUCUGUUCUUUGGCUUUUAUUGGUUAUCCACAACCUGAGAAAUGCCUUCUACGUCAAGCUACAUUUGGAAUGGUUUUUUCCAUUUGCAUUUCUUGCAUCCUAGCCAAAACUCUUAUGGUGGUGUUUGCAUUUAUGGCCACCAAACCAGGUAGUAAUCUCAAGAAAUGGACAACUCCUACAGUGUCAUAUGCAAUGAUUUGUAUUUGCUCAGUUCUGCAAUUUUGCUUGUGUGUUGCUUGGUUGACUCUAGUACCUCCCUUUCCAGAGCACAAUAUUGAAACACAACCCAAAUGUAUCAUUCUUCAGUGCAAUGAGGGUUCACCUACAGCCUUUUGGUGCAUGUUAGGAUAUCUCGGUCUCCUGGCCACUGUUAGUUUUAUUGUUGCCUUUUUGGCCAGGAGACUUCCUGAUAGCUUCAAUGAAGCCAAGUUCAUCACCUUCAGCAUGCUGGCCUUCCUCAGUGUCUGGGUGUCAUAUAUCCCGGCUUCUCUUAGUUCCACUGGAAAGUACACAGUAGCCAUGGAAAUUUUUGCUAUCCUGACAUCUAGUUGGGCUUUAUUGAUUUGCAUGUUUGUCCCUAAAUGUUUCAUCAUACUAUUAAGAUCCAAUAUGAACUCCAGAGAGCACCUCAUGAAGAAAGCUCAGGGUACUCCAGGGUGA